UCCGAAUCCCAGAACUCCGCCGAGCGGCCCACCGGUAGAAGCGAUGACGUCGUGCCUUCUUCCUGCUUACAGGAAGCGGAGAGUAGUUCAAAGCGCGCUGAGACGACAGCGCAGCUAAAGUUGGAGGCUGCUGUAGCUGGCGCUAGUAGUAUAAUUUUAGGAAGCUAUUUAAUUAAAUAGAAGUCUGAGACGUCGACGCUCGGCGUGUGGUGCUAAACAUGCAGGUAUUUAACGAUGAAACUGAGUUUACGGAUAUCCAUAUGAUCCAAAAAGUUGUGGGUUUAUUUGGGAACCAACCUCAAAUGCAGAGGAUAAUAACAUGUGGCCUUCUUGGUCUUGAAUAUGAUGCAGAGAUAGAUGUGGAUGAUUAUGACAGGUGGACCCACCGUAGUCACAGUUUUAAUGAAGGUUUUGCAAACGAUAGAUUAAGUGGAAACCGUACCGAGGCGUCCAGCUCGGCUUAUCAGCCUCCUCUCCAUUACUACUCUUCAGCUCGUGGCGCCUCCAGCCCACCAUCUUACCAAGUUCAGGCGAAGGGGAGCGAUUCUGAACGAAAAGCCAGAUUAUUACAAGAAACUAAAAAGGGUAAAGAAAAAUCCACGAAAAAGCGGCUUAAGAAACAGAAACAGAAGCUAAAAAAACAAAUGGAGAAGGUGAAACAAAAUCCCGUAAAAACCGAGGAGGGAAAUGUAGCAGAACAGUCUAAAUCAGAGGAGAGUAACUCCGUUACAGAUCAAAAGAUAAAGAAUUUAGCUGCAGCUAAAGACACAGACAGUAACAGCAGCAACAGUGGACAGGAAUCCAGCGAUGAAGAUGAAGACACCAAAAAUAACUCUGAUGGUUUAGAGGAACUAGAUAUGACAAGUAUUUUUGUGAGCAAAGCUGCUCUUAUAGUGCAGCGUAAAUUAGAACAAAAGCCGAAAUCGGAGAAAAAGGACAAAAAAAAGACUCCAGAGAGGGAGAAGUUUAAAAGUGUCCCUGAUAAAACACCAGAGGACAAAGAGGCUGUGAAGGGAGCACAGCACAAGGAUUCUGGACCUACUUUAGAAGAUAAUAUAAAAAUAAGCACUGAUCUUGCAGUUAUUGGUAAUAAGUUUGCCAGUGCAGGAGACUACAGCAUGGCUGUAAAGUAUUUCACAGAUGCAAUUAAGUACAACCCUAAGGAGUUUAAGUUGUUUGGGAAUCGCUCCUUCUGUUUUGAAAAGAUGCAAGAAUAUGAGAAGGCGUUGGCAGAUGCAGAGUUGUCUCUAAACGUAUCUCCUGGAUGGGUUAAAGGCCUCUUUAGGAAAGGCAGAGCUCUCGCAGGUCUGAAGAGAUAUGAAGAAGCUGCUGAUGCCUUCAGGGACGUCCUGAAGCGAGACAGUUCCUACGCAGAAGCUGCCCAGGAGCUCAUGCGAAUGCAGAUAAUACAACUGAUGGCUUACGGUUUUACACGGGAGCAGAGCUCCAAUGCUUUAAUCAUUCAUGGGACUGUAGAUAAGGCCUUAGAGGUUCUGUCCAAACUGCACCAUCCACCAGGAUCUGUCUUAAAUGGACCUCUCCCGCCGGCUCAAGUAGCAAACGUUACAGGAAUCUCCCCAGUCCUCUCCGCUAAUACACAUCCUGCACCUGUUGCUGCUGCUCAGUCAUAUGAAGCAUCUGAGAAACAUCUUCGGAACAAACCUUUAGGCCCAGUUCAGAAUAUACCCACUGUUGACAAUCAGUCAAAGCCUGCUUAUAACCAGUCUGUGAAGAUAAACACUAGUGAUAGAACACCAGUGGAGCUGUUUCCAGUUUGGGUGGGGAACUUGAGUGCUCCAGUAACCGAGGCCAUGAUUAGCAAGCUGUUUAGCAGGGCCGGGUCGGUCUUUAGUGUGAAGCUUCUGUCCCUCAGACGUUGUGCCUUUGUGAACUUUACUAAACAAGAGCAUUGUGAUGAAGCAAUCAGAUGCCUUCAUGGCUAUGAUCUGCAUGGCAUAAAGAUUGCUGUGAGAUACCCAGACCGAAUUCCUCCAGGGAUGGGCAUAUCCAGGUCUGCCCUCAGAGCUCGUGACCUGCAAGAGGAGAAUCUCAGGCAAUACAGCGAUGGGAAGAAAGCAGUUUGAAACCAAAGAUGUUUUUGUGAUCACAGUUCAGAUCCAGGAAACCACUGAUUCAUCAAAAGAUCGUCUUCAAUAGAAGCAAAAUAUCUAAAACGUAUUUACAGAUUCAACAAUGGUUGCCUACCUGAAGUAUCUAUUCUUCUUGUGCCACAGAAAUCAAACUCUGGUGUAUUAUCAUAGAAAGUGACAUUAAUCCAAAUAUGACCAAUUAUCCUUUUUGAGGGGUUUUAUUAAGUUAGCAUUAAAGUUUUAUAUACGGUAAUGGUAAUUUCUGAAUGUUCUGUGAAGAAGAGAGCCACCUUUGAUAAUAAUUUGAAUGUUGGCAUACAGUAAUAUAGCUAAUCACCUGCUUACAGUAUUAGACUGGUUAUAAGGUUUUAUUCAAGUAUCUGUUUCAUGACGUAUUCAGAAAGGAAGACAAGGAUGUGCUUUACAUUCAUCUUAUAUACAUAUAUGGAUCUUUAACAUGAUCUCUGCCUUACAUGCACAGCCACCAUCACUUAUCUGUAUCCAGUUGAUUUCCUCAAUGUUUCUGCACCUAAAACAGGUUAAUUAUUCUUCGCGUUACUUAAGAACAGUUCUAUACAUCUUGUAUUUGUGUUAUUUUUAGAGACUGCAGCUUAUUAUCCUCUUUAUGACUUGUCAUUAGUGGUUGAUCAUGAGCUUGUGUCUUUAUUAUUCUUCAUGUCAAAAUAAAAGAUACUUUAUUAAUCUCAA